GCGACGUGCGUUCUUCUCGAUGUCCGGCGGGCUGACUGCGCCGCUCAGACGGCGGACUGCUCCCGUGUCCAUCUUUACGCGGCGCAGAUAGGCUGAGACGGAGCACGACGCGGGCUGGAUCCCCGUUUCUUCACGGAAGAUGGAAAGCGCGAGGCUGGCGGAGGGAAACUCUUGGAAAUCCGGUUUAGAUAACAAGUUGAAAAGUCCCACCGCGGUGUCGGUGGCCCUGAGACCCGGAGUCGGUGAUGGUGGUGGUGGUGAUGAUGGCGGCGGCGGCGGCAGACAGACGACAGCUCCGCCGCGGAUAGACGUCCUUAACGGGAACCGGUGCGCGCAGCCAGCCGCGGGGUUAAACACCAGCAGCAAGGCGGCGGUGAAAACCUCGAAGAGCGGCCGGGGAUUUACGGGCAACUCCAACUCGUUGCUCUUAAAAAGGCGGCGGCUGAAGAGGAACCUGUCCGCCACCGCCGCCACCGGGAAGAUGAACCCGGUCUCGGUGUCGGUGCCGCCUUCCUCCUCCACACUGGACCGCAAGACGUUGCUGAAGCGUCGGCAGAACGCGCAGCUCCAGCCGGCCGACCGUCAGUGGAUCCGCGCCGAUCUGCACCGCGGGUCUGUCCAUGUCCACGACAAGCUCGCGCCCUCCAGCCCACCGAGGCCCGUCCUGUGCACGCUGGAGACCACCGCGUCGGAGAUCGCCCUCCGUCUGUGCCAGCUGGGCGGCAAAACCGCCUCCGUGGUGCGCAUCGGGGCCCGACUUCACCCGACCACCGACGUCAACGGGAACUGUCGCAGCCGACAGGACGUCGUCGGGGAUAUCGGGUCGGAACCGAGCGACAGGUUGAGACUCUUACUGCUCCAGACGGUUCCCGAUGCGGGACUGUUUUCACCGCGUUCGGACACCGACGUCCUGGACAACUCGCGCACGCCGAAUGACGACGACGACGACGAGGGCGACGAUGAGUGCGCGGGCGUCCGUGGCCGAAACUCGGUCUCAGACGAUGAGCUCAGCUCUAAACUCGGAGAGCACCGGGACUCCCUGAGCGACGACAUGGUGUUAGGGACGGACGCGUCUGCGCUGAGUCCGACGUUCGACAGCGCCACUGAGGGUCUCGAUACAUACGGCAGCUCCUCGGACGAGCUUGAACUCGAAGGACCUCCGAGCAGCACCGCUGACCCCGUCCUGCCAGAACUGGAUAACUUUACUGAUGACGUUAAGGACCGACCCGAGCAAAUGAGCCUGACCUCGGAUUCCGUAUCCAAGCUGGGCGACGAGCCCGGCCCUCCCACGUCCCCGGUAUCCCGGUCCCGGGUGGGCUCUGCGUCCGAGCACGACUCCUCUCCGGCGCUGUACGUGCAGCUGCACGGGGAGGCGGCGCGUCGGCUCGCCCCGGACGAACGACCUCUGCAGCUGCAGAACGACUUCCUGUUCAAGCUCGGCUUUAAGGAUCCGUGGCGCGUCCAGGAGGAAGGCAUGAACACGGAGUUAGGGUCCCUACUGCGCUUCUACGCAGGGAAGCCAUACAACAUGGCAAGCUCGGAGCGUGUGCAGCUCUCUGGGACGUACAACGUACGCAAAGGCAAACUGCAGCUACCCGUGAACCGCUGGAGCCGCAGACACGUCAUCCUGUGUGGCACAUGCCUGAUGGUAUCAUCCAUUAAAGCCAGUCACGCGGGCAAAAUGCACAUCCUGCCCCUGAUCGGGGGAAAGGUAGAGGAGGUGAAGAAACACAGCCACUGUUUGGCCUUCAGCUCAGCAGGGCCUCAGAGUCAGACCUACUACAUCAGCUUCGACAGCUUCACAGAGCACCUGCGCUGGCACCGUCAUGCCGCCAAGAUGGUGUCUCAGAGGAUCAGUUCGGUGGAUCUGUCAUGCUGUAGUCUGGAGAAACUUCCUCCUAACCUGCUCUACAGCCACGACCUCACUCACCUCAACCUAAAACACAACUUCCUCCCCGCAGACAGCUCACUGCAGCAGCUCCAGAGGUUCUCUCGGUUGCGGAGUCUGAACCUCUCCAAUAACCAGCUGGGAACAUUCCCACUGGCGCUGAGCUCCAUCUCCACCCUCACCGAGCUCAACCUCAGCUGCAACUGCAUCAGCAACCUCCACCCCAGUGUGGGCAACAUGCACAACCUGCAGACGUUGCUGUUGGACGGGAACACAUUGACAUCGUUGCCGGCGGAGUUGGGCUCCCUGCAGCGUCUCUGCUACCUCGGCCUCUCCUUCAAUGAGUUCAGCGGCGUUCCAGCCGUGCUGGAGAGACUGAGCGCAGUCGAGCGCCUCUGCAUGGCCGGGAACAGAGUGGAGCAGCUCACACUGCAGACCUUCCGCCUGCUGAGCAUCAAAUACGUCGACCUGCGUCUGAACCGGAUCUCCAGCGUGGUGCCGGACGAGCCAGACUUCCUGCGUCACGUGACCCAGCUAGACGUGCGGGACAAUUGCCUGAGCGAGCUGGACGCCUCGUUGUUUCCUCGUCUGGAGGUGCUGCACUGCCAGAGAAACCGCAUUACACGGCUGCGGCUCCGGGGCAGCACGCUCAAGGCCCUGUACGCCUCCAACAACGAAAUUCGGGAUCUAGAAGCGAGUCCAAUAGCGUCCAACCUCACCUACAUGGACGUCUCAAGGAAUUGUCUGGAGGCGUUACCGGCGUGGCUGAGUGACAGCAAGAAGCUGGAAGUGUUAGACGUCAGUCAUAACUCCAUCAGAGAACUGCCCCAGUGGUUGUUCUGCAGUAGCAGUUUGAGGAAGGUCCUGGCAGGUCAUAACCGUCUACAGCGUCUGCCUGAGCGAGUGGAGAAGCCUAUGGUCGAGGUUUUAGACGUCCAGCACAACCAGCUAGUUGAGCUGCCGUGCAACCUCUUCCUUAAAUCCAACAGUUUAAGGUGCCUAAAUGCCUCGGCCAAUAAGCUCGAGAGUCUGCCGCCCUCCAGCCUAUCAGACGAGAGCAACAGCAUCCUGCAGGAGCUGUACCUGACCAACAACCACCUCACUGACAAGUGUGUACCUCUGCUCACCGGGCACACACACCUGAGAGUCCUGCACAUGGCCUACAAUCACCUGCAGACCUUCCCUGCCAGUAAAAUGGCGAAGCUGGAGGAGCUGGAGGAAGUGGACCUGAGCGGGAACAGACUGAAGGCCGUGCCCACCACCAUCCUGAACUGCAGGCGCAUGCACACACUCAUCGCCCACUCCAACACCAUCGAGGUUUUCCCUGAGGUCAUGCAGCUCAUGGACAUGAAGUGUGUAGAUCUGAGCUGUAAUGAGUUGGUGGAGAUCACACUGCCUGAGAACCUGCCUCCUAAACUGCAGGAGUUAGACCUGACGGGGAACCCGCGGCUCAACCUGGACCACAAAACCCUGGAACAGCUCAACAACAUCCGCUGUUUCCGGAUAGACCCGCCCCCUACUUCCUUCUCAGCCAAUGAGGCUGCAGGUGGGCCGGCCGUCUGGAGUCACGGCUACACCGAGGCGUCGGGAGUGAAGAACAAACUGUGUGUGGCAGCUCUGUCAGUGAGCAGUUUCUGCGGCAGUAGAGAAGCUCUGUACGGGGUGUUUGAUGGAGACAGGAAUGUGGAGGUGCCGUAUCUCCUGCAGUGCACCAUGAACGACAUCCUGGCUGAGGAGCUGCACAGAACCAAGAGCGAGGAGGAUUACAUGACCAACACGUUCCUCGUCAUGCAGAGGAAGCUGGGCACAGCUGGGCAGAAGUUAGGUGGUUCUGCUGUUCUCUGUCACAUCCGACAUGACCCGACGGACCCAGCGGGCUGCUUCACGCUCACUGCUGCCAACGUGGGGAAGUGUCAGGCUGUGUUAUGUCGUGAUGGUAAAGCCCUGCCUCUGUCACUGCUGCACAACAUCGGCCUGGAGGAGGAGUACAACCGCAUACGGCAACACAAAGCCAUCAUCACUGAGGAUAACAAAGUGAAUGGUGUGACGGACUCGACACGAAUCAUGGGCUACUCCUUCUUGUACCCAGCUGUGCUGCCACGACCGUAUGUUCACACACUCCCGCUAACACCACGUGAUGAGUUCUUCAUCUUGGGCAGCCGUGGCCUGUUCGAGGCAUUGGAGCCUGCUGAGGCUGUGGAGGCUGUGCGCAAGGUUCCAGAUCCGCUUGCCGCUGCCAAGAAACUGUGCACUCUUGCUCAGGCAUACGGUUGUACGGAGAGCCUGAGUGCUGUGGUGGUGCAGUUAAAUGUGACUGAGGACUGCUGCUGCUGCUGCUGUUGCUCGUCCUCUAGUGGCCUCCACACGACCCCACAGCCACCCCCUAGUCCCGGUCCCGGCACGGGCCUCUAUCCACCCUCAGCUGGCGUACCACCUUCUUCCUGCAGCGAGAUCAGCUCGGAGGUCAGCGCCUCGGAAAUGAGCUCGGAAGUCGGGUCCACCGCUUCCUCAGACGAGCCUCCGAUCCUGCUCCAGGAGGCGCACCUUCACCUCCACCAACCUCCGAACCCAAACCCACGCCUGCUCUCCUGCUGCUCUCUUCACCCAACACCGAGUUCGUCUGCCAUCAUGGCUGCCAGUUCCAGCUCCUUUCAGCGUCAGUUAUCGAGCGCCACUUUCUCCAGCGCACUGUCCGAUAACGGCCUGGACAGCGAGGACGAAGAGCCCAUCGCCGGCGUGUUUUCCAACGGCAGCCGACUCGAAGUGGAGGCCGACGUCCACUGCUUACGCCUCCUGGCACCUCCACCUCCCCCUCCUCCAUGCACCCCUGAAAUUCCAGAUGACGUGGUACCUCCAGAACCAGAAACAAUGCCGGUCGCUAGUGAGCCUGAGAAAGAAGGGAAGCAAAGCGAGAAACCAGGGAACAACACAACAUCCGAAGCAUGGAGCAAAACCCUGUCACGUAGAAGAGGCAAUGGCUCAGUGGCUCCACAUGAGACGAGCCACAAUCUGAUCGAAGUGGCAGCCGAGGCGCCAUCUAAAAAGUCCGGUGGGUAUUUCACAGCCCCAGCGAUGCCCGACCCUGAUGACCAGCUCAUCAUUCCACCCGAGCUAGAGGAGGAAGUGAAGGAGAUAAUGAAACAGCAUCAGCAGGAACAACAGAAGCCCAGCAAGAGUGAGCAGCCUGCUGAUUACUACGACACACCGCUGUGAUAGCACAUACCAUAAAAAGCACGGUUUCCCAAUCCCAGGCUUGGAGUGCCUCUGCACUGAACAGUUCAAUGUUUUCCCUACUGAUUGCACAGAGAGUGGAAAUAUUAGCAAAUUAGCUGAGCCAGGCGUUAAAUGGGAAAACAUUACCACUGUUAAGGUAUUUCUGAAGACUGAGACUGGAAAACCCUGCUGUAUUUGCCACAGUGUCCACAAGUAUUUGUUCCCCUCCUGGAGAAAAACACCUUUAUUUCACUAAUCAGUGAAGAGUUAGAAUUAGUGAAAUUGGCUGUACUUUUCUAUAAACUACUUGCACAACAGCAUGACGUUUAUCUGCUACACAAACAACACGUCUAUUUACUUAAAGUUAGUUCCUGUCAACGAUAUCAUUGCCUUUGUGAGUAUUGUUUGUUUUUGUAUAUAGUGAGUAAACGGUUUUAAGUUUGCAAUCAGAUUUGCAUAACUAACAUUAUUUAGGCCACGAGUCCAGGAGAUAAGGUCACAAAAUAUUACAACAAAUAGUUGUGUUGUGGCCGCAGGAUACCAGAGUCAUGGCCUAGAAUUGUGUAACUUGAGUCGACGACUUAAUAUGUUGUGGAAUGAUAUACUUGAUUUGUGGCCUCCAGUUAAUUAUUUAUUUGAGAUUUUGCUUAAUGUGACACAGGCUAAUGGUGUAUCCAUCUUUAAAAAAAAAAAGUUAAGUUUAUCCUUAUCACUCGUCUUGCUUAGGUUCCUGUGGCCAGAAUAGUUUUAUUCAAUCAACUUCUCUGUCCCACUCAUUUUAAAAUACAAUAGCUGUCAUUGGUUAUGCGCUUUAUAGCUAUUAAAUAUAUCCUAAUAUACUAGUGUAUAUAUGUUUUAAUAUAUAUUUAAUUCACAUUCAUGAGAAAUUUAACUGGUGGCCUCAAUAUGUUAAUUCAUAGCCUCACCUUAUUAAAAAAAUAACCAUCAUGUUACUCAGCAGGUUUAAAUUAAAAAAUAGUGAAUGGGCUGAUGAUGCCACUAUGCAGACUAACAUUGCUGUUUGAUUAUUUGAUUAAAGACGAUGAAUAAACAAUCAAACGGUUAGAGAAAGUUUGAUAUUGUGACCAAUAUGUGCAAAACCAACAAAGAAUGUAACAGGAAAUUAUUAAUAUUGUACUACAGAGGCAAUGAUAGUUUUGACAAGCUAACAGGAAGUAAACGUGUUAUUUGUAGAUCAUAUAAAGGUUGCGCUACACUGUGAAAGUAAUGUAUAGACCUGUAGACAUGGCAGCUCUCCACAGAUUUCAUUUAAGAGCCAUUUUAGACAACAAACACACACACAGACACACACACGCACGCGUGCGAAACACACACCCAUUAUGGUGUUGUGUUCAGCAUUAUCACAUCCUCAUUACUUCACAUCCACAUUCAUGGCAUUGCACAAACCCAUUUCCUGCAGUCCAAACCAAUAGGAGCCUUUCCCCGCGAGCCGACCAAUAGGACGUCAGAGAAUCCCUUUAACAGACUCCAGUCCCGACCUGCACACUACUGUGCCCCGCCCCUUUAAGAGCUCAAUUCAGCUGACUACUGACCUACUGACUGUUUUGUGUUUCUUUACGUUGAAAAGUGACAGUAUCUAUAGAGUUCAACACUAGUCUUGCGAAGUUAUAACCCAUUACCACUCAACAUAAUUGUGGAUUUUAUUAUUUCUUUUUUUUUCUUUUUUUUAAACUUAUCAUAUCUUUUAUAUGAGGAAACACUGCAAAAGACUUUUGCAAGAAAUGAGGAAAAAAUCCAAGAGGCAAAGCGCAGACUCGUUUUGUUUGAGAUGGUGAUGUGUAGUGCACACCGGUAAUACCACGCUUAUCUGUUGUAGAUAGGGCACUUAUGUAAGACUGUAUUUCUUCACUAAAUCAAGGCUUUGUGCCUGUAAAACUAGAAAUUUAGUAGAAAUUGAAAAAGACUAACUCCUAGGAGUUGCUUACUCUUUUAUGGUGACCUAGUCACUUUUUUUUACUAAUCUUCUCUGCGAGAAAUGGUGAUUUUUUUUUUUUUUUUUUGUUUUGUUUUGUUUUUUGUUUUUUUUUUUUGUUCCAAUGACUGUAAAUAAGAAAUAUUGUAUACAGAUGCUUUUUAAAGGAACUGUGUGUGUCUAUAAUAAGCUUAUUCCUUCCUUACACAUGAAAUUACACAAAGGUAUUCAAUACGUAAAACAAAUGACUUUUAAACAAAUGACUGCACAUUUUGCUUGGUCUUGUUCUCACUGUCCGGUUAACUGCACACACAAACAGCUCAUUCUUCCGUUGUCACCAGCAUCACCAGUAAAGAUUAUCUGUAAUCAAACCACACAAAAUGUUCCUUUUUUUUUUUUUUUUUUUUUUGGUUUUGUUAUAAUAAAUUCUAAAUU